UCUGGGGACAGCGGGUGGUCUGUGGUUUUUCCUCUGGUUUCAGACUCCUGGGCUGGAGGCAGGGGAGGGAUAGAAGGGAAGAAGGGCUUCCUCCUGUGUGGUCAGGUUGGAGCUGGCCUGGUGGACUUCAGCCCCCUCCUCCCUGGGACAAAAGACUGGACCCCCACUGACCUCUGCCCAGCUGCCUCUCCACACCGCUGGGAAGUCUAGACGGCUGUUCCUGCCAGCCGAGCCCAACAAGUCAGGGGCAUCCCCACACCCUUUCUUCGAUGGAGAAACCAAGACCUGGAGAGGGUGAGCAGCUGGCCUGAGGACACACAGCCAGCUGAUCUGGGAGGAGGCGGCUUCGGCGCAGGGCAGACAUCAUCAUGGCCCUCCUGGUACACCUGCUGGUCUGCACCUUCGGGAUGGGCUCCUGGGUAGCCAUCAACGGGCUGUGGGUAGAGCUGCCCCUGCUGGUGACAGAGCUGCCCGAGGGGUGGUACCUUCCCUCCUACCUCACGGUGGUCAUCCAGCUGGCCAACAUCGGCCCCCUCCUGGUCACCCUGCUCCAUCACUUCCAGCCCAGCUGCCUUUCCGAAGUGCCCAUCAUCUUCACCGUGCUGGCUGUGGGCACCCUGGCGUGCACCCUCUUCGCCUUCCUCUGGAAUGUCACCUCCUGGGUGCUGGACGGCCACCACAGUGUUGCCUUCAUGGUCCUCACCUUCUUCCUGGCCCUGGUGGACUGCACCUCUUCGGUCACCUUCCUGCCUUUCAUGAGCCGGCUGCCCACCCGCUACCUCACCACCUUCUUUGCGGGUGAAGGACUCAGCGGCCUCCUGCCUGCCCUGGUGGCUCUUGCCCAGGGCUCGGGUCUCACCACCUGUGUCAACGUCACUCGGCCAUCAGACACCACCCCAAGCACUGAGACCACCGGGAAGACUGUCUUCCUGCAGGGAGCUAACAGCACUUUGGUGUCUGACCUGCCUGGGACGACACGUUCCGCCGUCCAUCUGGAAAGCCGCUACCUCCCGGCCAACUUCUCGCCCUUGGUCUUCUUCCUCCUGCUCUCCUUCAUGAUGGCCUGCUGCCUGGUUGCUUUCUUUCUCCUCCAGCGUCAGCCCAGACCCAGGGAAUCUUCCAUAGAAGACCUCCUCACCUCCCAGGUCACCCUCCACUCCAUCCGGCCACGGGAAGGGGAGGACCUGGGCCCCCCAGACCCAGGGGCUAGCGGCAAGGCCCAGGGGCAUCCAGAGGAGAAAACGGCCUCCGACGACCGCCCAGCCCACCUGGCCUUCAUCUACGUCCUGGUGGCCUUCGUGAACGCGCUCACCAACGGCGUGCUGCCCUCCGUGCAGACCUACUCCUGCCUCUCCUACGGGCCUGUUGCUUACCACCUGUCCGCCACCCUCAGCUCCAUGGCCAACCCUCUCGCCUGCUUCCUCUCCAUGUUUCUGCCGCACAGGUCUCUGCCAAUUCUGGGGGUCCUCACGGUGCUCGGGACUGGCUUCGGGGCCUACAACAUGGCCAUGGCCGUGAUGAGCCCUUGCCCCCUCAUGCAGGGCCACUGGGCUGGAGAAAUCCUCAUUGUGGCCUCGUGGGUGCUGUUCAUCGGCUGUCUGAGCUACGUCAAGGUGAUGCUGGGCGUGAUCCUGCGCGACCACAGCCGCGGCGCCCUCCUGUGGUGCGGAGCGGCGGUGCAGCUGGGCUCCCUGCUCGGAGCUCUGCUCAUGUUCCCGCUGGUCAACGUGCUGCGGCUCUUCUCAUCGGCCGACUUCUGCAACCUGCAGUGCUCCGCCUAGGACACCUGGCGCAGUCCAGGACAGCGCCCUGAGCCCCCCCCCCCCCCCCCCCGUUACUAACACCUGGGAAGUUGAGCAGGGCACAUGCCCAAGGUCCCAAGGGCAGGGAGCUGGGAGGCCCAGGCUGAGUACUUAAGCAUCGCCACCAGCUCCCCUCAGGAAGGGUGGAGAACGCCACAAGGCCCCCCACGGGACCUGGAAGUGCAAAGCACAGCCCUCCCCCACUCUGGGCCACAGUGCCCGCAACUCCAUUGCCGAACUCCUUCGGACUGUUGAGAGAGAGCAGGUUUGCAGCACCCAGCUGGAGGCAGGCUCAAGGGUGUCAAGGGUGUCAGAAGCGCGACCGCUGAGAGGGUGAGCUAGCCCUCACAGGCUGUGGGACCUCGGGGAAGUCACUUAUUUCUCUGUGCCUCGGUUUCCUAAAAUGGGGAUUAUGAUAAAUAGCACCUACCUCAGAGGCUUAGCACGGGGAUAAAAGGGAGAAGCGCCCAGCAUGUAGCAAGCCCUCUUGGGCCAUUUCCUGAUGUGCUGCCCCACAGAAAUAACAAGGGACAAUCUACACAACGUAGAAGUGGCCAGGGUGGUUGAGAGAUGACCCCUGCCCCAUUUCCUUUUUCCCACUCUCCUCGCAGAGAAGCUUCUAAAAAAUGGCAAACGGUGGGACCCUGGGCAUCCCGACUCCCCAGUUCCCAAUAUGGAUGGACGUUGUACCCCACACACCCCUUCCUGUCACCCCUCCUGACCCACAAGGUCCUGCUGCUUGGAAAGUGAGUGACCUCCUGGGAGGCAGAGAGAUGAUGGGGGGAGGGGCUACACCAAAACUCUGGAAGUGAGUCCCAUCCCCUUCCCCCACUCACCAAGGCCAGGAUUGGACCCUGAGAACCCUGGGAAGUCUGGGAAGGAGUGCAUUCGCUACAUGACUGUUAUUUUGUUCUCUUUUUUCUUUCUUUUUUUUU